UUAAACAUUUCGUAACGUUAAACAGAAAUAAUUAAUUCGUGUUAUAAAUAGAAUAUUUGAACAACGGUAGACAUAAUACGAAAUGUUUGCAAAUGAAAAUACUUUUGCCUGUGUUCAAUGAGCGAACGAAAGUUUGAGUUUGCUAAUAACCCGCAGAUCGAGACGAUUCACGGACAACUGGAUCUGGUUAGAACUUAAUUAUACCGAUACGAUUUGAAAUGAUCGAUGAACACAUAGGCUCGAUCGAAUCUGCAAUUGAAAGAUUAACUGAACGGUGAAUUAAUACAUUGAGAAUUGAAUUUCGAACGGGAAAAUAACGUAAUUGACUCAUUCCGAGAAGACUACACUGUCCGGCACGUGGAUGGGAGCAGCGUGCGAACCCGAGGGAAACCAUAAUAAUCCUGCCUUGGCGAUUUUCUAUUAAUAAUGUCUCGCCAGGGACCGACGAGAUUUUCUACCCGUCGCCUCGCCCCUGACAAUACUAUCUACGCUCCGUCGGAUUUUCAAUUCUAUUUUCAAAGCAACGAAUCAAUCUGAACCGAGCGGACCGCUGGGGACGACUCGAGCGAGCUGUACUCUUCCGGCUACGAGAACUUAAAUCUAAAUGGAUAUCAAACAAAAGAGAGCGCGCAUCGGCGAACGGUCGACAGCUGGAUCAAUAACGCGGCUGAUCGACCCGGUCGCUUCGGAUUGACUGAGAUCGUCGAGAGAGAGACCUGAGAAUAAUGAUCGCACUGACCCAUGUGUCGUACACCGUCCGCGGCUUGCUACAUAAAUCUCAUCCCGAAGCUAUGCUAAUUUACCGCUAGUCAAAUUCGACUCGAACGAGGAUGAUGUCCUUCAACGAGUCAGCGGUCCCGAGACGGCCGUCGAUCGUCGCCAGCGUGAAUCUGGAGGUACUGCUCGUUGGUGGCAACUUGACCGACGCCAUGGCCGAGAAUCAUACGAGUCCUGUCGCGGAGUUUAUGCAGCAGUACGACUUGUCGACGAGACGGGAUCCGCUUUACAUAGUGUUGCCGAUCACGGUGAUCUACGCGGUGAUCUUCCUCACCGGUCUCGUCGGGAACGUGUCCACGUGCGUGGUGAUAGCGCGUAACAAGUCGAUGCACACGGCGACCAACUACUAUCUGUUCAGCCUGGCCGUGUCUGAUUUACUGUUGCUGAUAUCCGGGCUGCCGCCGGAGAUGUACUACAUCUGGUCGCAUUUCCCGUACGUGUUCGGCGAGGCAUUCUGCAUUAUUCAGAGUUUCGCCGCCGAGACGUCCUCGAACGCCACCGUGCUCACCAUCACCGCCUUCACCGUCGAGAGGUUCGUAUUUAAACGACGCCGCAUUACAUACCCCGGGUGUUCAUAAAUCUUCAAACAGCUUGCAAACGCUGCAGCGUAUUGCAAAGCCGAAUGGGAAUUUGAUAGAUCCUUAACUGAACGAGUCGUUCGAAUAGUUAUCCUUGUUUGAAAUUGGACCGAGAUUUUAGAUUUUAUGUCGGACUAGCAUCCCCCCGUCGCGGUUUUGUGUCGUCUUCCCUUGUAGCUCGAGUCACUAGAUGAAGAGAUAAAAGUUAUAGUGGUGUAAUUCACUUCUCGGAAUUGAAAGAUACUGGAAAUGGUACAGCUAUUCUGUUAACAUGACUACGUUAUGUUGCUAUUGGUAUGCAAGGUAAG